UUUCUAAUGAAAUAGAACCCCGACUUCUCUCAAAAAAGAGUCCCUGCUAAAUUAAGCUUCAGGGCGUCUGUGCUCCAUCUGCGACGAGAGGAGGGCCGCCCUCAAUCAAAAGGAGGAAUAAUCCUAAUUAAUGGCGGAUAGUGAUGCAACGGCGAACACGAAGAGAGCUUUAGGGCGUCUGUGCUCCGUCUGCAACGAGAGGAGGGCCGCCCUCAAGCGACCCAAAACCCUAGAACAGAUUUGUCGGGAAUGCUUCUACAUCGUCUUUGAAGAGGAGAUUCAUCAAGUUAUUCUAAGCAAUAAUUUAUUCAAGCCUGGUGAAAGAGUUGCAAUUGGUGCAUCAGGAGGGAAAGAUUCAACUGUACUUGCUUAUGUAUUAAAUGAACUAAACCAUAGGCACAAUUAUGGCCUAGACCUAUUUCUUUUGUCUGUUGAUGAAGGGAUUACUGGUUACAGGGAUGACUCACUAGAAACUGUCAAAAGGAAUGAAAUUCAGUAUGGAUUGCCAUUGAAAGUGGUUUCUUACAAGGAUUUAUAUGGUUGGACAAUGGAUGAAAUAGUGAAGGCUAUAGGCUUGAAGAAUAAUUGCACCUUUUGUGGUGUUUUUCGUCGUCAGGCUUUAGACAGGGGUGCUGCAUAUAUGAAAGCAGAGAAGAUUGUUACUGGGCAUAAUGCAGAUGAUAUUGCUGAGACUGUUAUCUUAAAUAUAUUACGGGGUGACAUUGCAAGAUUGGGUAGAUGUACCUUAAUAACUACGGGUGAGGAUGGACCAAUUCCAAGAUGCAAGCCAUUCAAGUACACUUAUGAGAAAGAGAUUGUUAUGUAUGCAUAUUUCAAAAAGCUUGACUACUUUUCCACAGAAUGUAUUUAUUCGCCUAAUGCAUACCGUGGCUUUGCUCGAGAAUUCGUAAAAGAUCUGGAAUGCAUCAGACCAAGAGCUAUACUAGACAUAAUCAGAUCUGGCGAGAACUUUAGGAUAUCAACGUCGACAAAGAUGCCUGAGCAAGGAACAUGCAUGCGAUGUGGUUAUAUUUCUAGUCAGAAAUUAUGCAAGGCAUGUGUUUUAUUGGAUGGAUUAAAUCGGGGUUUGCCAAAACUGGGUAUUGGCCGUAAUAAAGGUCCCAACAAUACGAGGAAGGGAAUUGAUCAGAGGAAUUUGAAUAAAAAAUCAAGUUUAGAGAGCAAGCAAUGUGGAACUCUCGAGUUCUAGAUGCAUUUUGCUGCAGUUGCUUUUUUUCCCGUUUUUCUCUACAUAGUAUUUUAUGUAAUCUGUGGUUGCUAUUUAAAGUCAUAUUGCUAUGGCUACACUGCAAUAAUUUUCAGUGGGAAAAAAAAAAUGUACAAGUGGUAAUUCUAUGUCGAGGAUAAACUACAUGAGGAACAUAAAGAAGGGCAUCCCUUUUUUUAUAUAAAUGUUCACAAUUUU